AUGAGCAAGCAUCGGCCAGAGCUGCCAUGCUUGGUGGGAGCAUGGCGUCGUCCUCCCAACGACCUACAGGAGCAGGAGGUUGGAGGUGGCCACAAGGCAAUCCACGAUGAUGCCACCGCUGCCAAGGUGGGGCUGAAGUUGGCGCCGAUCCAUGGGACGGUGCACUGGUCGCAGCUGACCCCGUUGCUAUUGGAGGCUUUUGGACCUGCUUGGUUUGAGACGGGGUCUAUCUCUGUGCACUUCGUGAACAUGGUGGGUCACCUUCAACCAGUUCGGGCCUUUCUGGAGAUCAGUGGAACGAAGCAGCGGAAGGUUUGGAUGGAACAUUUGGAUGGUCGCUUGGUCUUUGACGGCACCGCCAGUGUGGGGCAGCGAACGGAGAUGACCAUGGCUCAAACGAAGAUUGCUGCAGUGAAACCUGUGAAGGGCAGGUUGCUCUUCCACCGGCACCCGCCGAAGACCGAGUCGCUGGAACUGGAAGAUGCGCGGAUCGACUUCGAUCAGGUUGUAGGGCCUCUCUUCCCUUUCACACAUCGAAGGAAAUUGGAGUUGAUCACAGAGUUCCACCCCUGGUACAGUGAGGAGGCUGGUGCAUCGUCUCCUUGGGGUCGCCCCAUUUUGCCGCCCGAGAGUUUCAACCAGAUCAUGCUGGGAAUGGUGGGUGGCGCCAAAGGGCCCAGGUUUCCCCCCAUCCCUGGUGACGAGUGGUUGGAGAAGGCUCUCAAUGGGCGAACGCCCGUGGGCCUGUUCGGUGGAUGUGAGGUGAUCUUGCACGCGGGGCCCAUCUUCGUUGGCGAAGCGUAUCAAUGCCGCCGCCAAUUGGUCGCCUGUGGAGAGACACCCAAAGCGGAGUUCAGGUGGAUCAAGACCUUUCUUUGGGAGAAGAACUCCAAGAAGUUGGUGGCUGAGAUGACUCUGCAGGAGAUGCAGCUGAAGAAUAGUAUUGAGAACUACGCGGAACUGCGGGCGCGCAGCGAUGCAUUGCAGGCGAAGUUAUAACUUUCUGAGCCUGGAAACAGAUGGAAAAGGUUCAGUGCUACAGCUGCUCAGAGGUCUAUUGGUGGAACUUGUAAUGCGCAUCUCUUGG